AUUUUUCCUGCUUUCCAAUGUAUACCCAUAUAUAAGCAGCUUCACUGAAAGAGACAAGAUUGUGGGAUUUGAAUUGAAUUUAUGAAGAGGAAAUUCCUACUUAGGGGAAAUCGGAAAAGCAAUACAAAGAGGCACAGCAAAAACUCAGAGACAAUGGUGAAAGGAACAUUGGCUAAUCACCUGACGGUGCAGCUGGACCACUUCUACCUGAACUCGCCUCUCCAACCGGUCAACCCCUCACUGUCCCAGAAGCUUCUGGAUUCCGAGCCUCUGCCCCAGGACUCCGAUGCAAACGCCGCCGACGAUAGAGAUUUCAUCCUUAGUCAGGAUUUCUUCUGUACGCCUGAUUAUAUAACUCCGCCGAUGCCGGCUAUCGGGAGCUAUGCUGGUGAGAACAAGGAAAAUUUCGAAUGCCCAAGGUCACCGGAAAAAAUUAAAACUAACCGAAGCAAAAGGCAAAAACUUGCUGGAGAUGCAAACUUAGAAGCCUCUACUGAAUCAACUGAUAUUGGCCAUCAAGCAUUGGUAGAAGAACUUGCACAAUAUAGCCUUGUAACAGAUGAAAUGGAGAUCAACAAAACUGUCUUGUUGCAAAAGAAUCGUGGUUAUGUUUCACAAUCUGCUGUGGCUUUACGGUGUAGGGUUAUGCCUCCUCCAUGCCUUAAGAAUCCAUACCUUAAAGAUAUUUUGGAGUUCGAUUCUGAUCCUUUGGAUAAUCAAAGAUCCAAAUGUGCAGGUUUUUACCCUGCGGGUAUUGGUGGUGAUGGCCUUUCACGCUAUCGGACAGAUUUUCAUGAAAUAGAGAAAAUUGGUAGUGGAAACUUCAACAAUGUCUACAAAGUCUUGAAGAGAAUUGACGGUAGCUUGUAUGCAGUGAAAAUCAGCAUGAAACAGUUGCGCCAGGAUACAGAAAGGCGCAAAGCUUUGAUGGAAGUACAAGCUCUGGCUGCUUUAGGUUACCAUGAGAACAUAGUAGCAAAGGCAUUACAGUUUAUACACAAGAAAGGGAUAGCUCAUUUGGAUGUAAAGCCGGACAAUAUUUAUGUGAGAAAUGGGAUUUACAAACUCGGUGAUUUCGGUUGUGCGACUCUCAUUGAUAAGAGCUUGCCGAUUGAAGAGGGUGAUGCUCGUUACAUGCCCCAAGAAAUCUUGAAUGAGAAGUAUGAUAAUUUGGAUAGAGUUGAUAUAUUCUCAUUAGGGGCUUCGAUAUAUGAGCUCGUGAGAGGAUCACCUUUACCCGAAUCAGGUCCCCAUUUUAUUAAUCUUAGGGAAGGAAAACUGCCUCUUCUUCCCGGUCAUUCAUUGCAGUUCCAGAGUUUAAUCAAGGCUAUGAUGGAUGCUGAUCCUGUUCGAAGACCAUCUGCCAAGGAACUAGUUGAGAAUUCAAUUUUUAACAAGCAUAAGAUUUGGAACAGAUAAGCGAAAAAUGCGGGUUUUUCACCACUGUUGUAUAAUUUGGACAUAUCCAAGAGCUUUCUGGAUGAAAAUGUUUUGGGACUCAUAUAAGCAAUUUUGCUGCCAUUUUCUCCAUUUUAAAUGCACCAUAUUUUCCAAUGCAAUGGUGCUAAUUUUUUGUACAGACACGAAAUACUGAGGAGAAAAGGCUGCAUCUUUGUCACUAAAUUGCAAGGGUCAUAUUACUGCAACUUUGGAUUAUGUUACUAAAUAGACCCAGUUAGUAUUUUAUGAGUUUUUCUAUGUUAAAAAUAAUUUCCUUCUGUUUUAAACAGACCCAAUUAGUAUUUCAGCUUUUCACAACACUGCAACUCAACAGCAAAACAGAGAAAUAUUGCUACU